GACUGCAAGGCGUAUGAAAAAUUAUCAAAUUAUUCCAAAUAAAGUAGAUUUUAUUAUAAUAAAGGGGUAAUUUUAACAGUUUAUAGUGUUAUAGGUAAUAUACAGCUUUAACUUUGUAAUUUUCAUGUCUCGUUAUGCUGUAUAAGCAUGGCAACGUCGUCGAACAAAAUGAAACUUUUACCGAUUGGAAAAUCGUAUGAAAAAGUUACUUCACGUCGACCGCUACACAGUCAAUUUUCACCGAACAAGAAAUGUACAAAUUUAUCGCAAUCUCCUUUGAAAUACAAGCAAAGAAAACACAGAACUGGUAACUUGGUAUCAAAAACUAUUAAAGACGAUAAUGGGCACGCAAGUAAUGACGACUUUUGGGGAAAUGCUGAAAGUUUGUGGAAUGAACCUGAAGAAAGUAGUUGGGAAAGUUUAAAACAAACUGAAAAAGUUUCAUCAGAAAUAUCUGAAUCUUCGGAAGUUGUGAUACAAGACAGUUCAUCAGAUUCUGAUGUAAAUAUAAUGGACACAGAGGUGUCUAAUAACAAUGAGAAGUCGUCGAAUUCUGAACGAACGUUUGGUUUGUCUGAGUCAAACUUAGAAGUCGAAUCUGAUUCGUCGAAAACGACGACGGAACCACCCGAUGACGACGAUGAUGAUGUCAUAAUCGUGUCACAAACAGAGGAAAAGUUUGAGUACUGGGAUAUUAAACGCACGAUAAAAACCAUGGUAAACAACUUGAUGACGAACCGUGAAGGAGAGGCUUCGCUUGAAUGUUUAUCGCCGGACCUUGUUGCUAGAAGGAUGAAGGUUCUUUACAAUAAAGAUUUCUCAAACAG